UUACCCUUGCGGGAGAGGCGGGAGAUCUUGGCCCGGAGCCGGACAGAGAAACCCUGUCGCUGCCGCCGGAGAUCUGGAGUCUCCCUACAGAGGCGAGUACGGGGCUUCACCGUAGCCCGCGGAACAUGGCGCCCUGGACGGUGUGGCGCUGCUGCCAGCGCGUGGUGGGAUGGGUGCCGGUGCUCUUCAUCUCCUUCGUGAUCAUCUGGUCCUACUACGCGUACGUGGUGGAGCUUUGCGCGUUUACUAUUUCUGGAAAUGAAGAAACUGGAAAGACCGUUGUUUACCUUGUGGCUUUCCAUCUGUUCUUUGUUAUGUUUGUGUGGUCCUAUUGGAUGACAGUAUUCACGUCUCCCGCUAUCCCCUCCAAAGAGUUCUACUUGUCCAAUUCUGACAAGGAGCGUUAUGAAAAGGAAUUCAGCCAUGAAAGACAACAACAAAUUUUGAGAAGAGCAGCAAGAGACUUACCUAUCUAUACCACAUCAGCUUCAAGAACUAUCAGAUAUUGUGAAAAAUGUCAGUUGAUUAAACCUGAUCGGGCACAUCACUGCUCAGCAUGUGACAAAUGUAUUCUUAAGAUGGAUCAUCACUGUCCUUGGGUGAAUAACUGUGUGGGAUUUUCUAAUUACAAAUUCUUCAUGCUGUUUUUAUUGUAUUCCCUAAUAUAUUGCCUUUACGUGGCUAUAUCAGUUUUAGAGUACUUUAUAAAAUUUUGGACGAAUGAAUUGACAGAUACACGUGCAAAAUUCCAUGUACUUUUUCUUUUCUUUGUGUCUGCAAUGUUCUUCAUCAGCGUUCUUUCACUCUUCAGCUACCACUGCUGGCUAGUUGGAAAAAAUAGAACAACAAUAGAAUCAUUUCGUACACCCACAUUUUCAUAUGGAGUUGAUGCACAUGGUUUCUCUCUUGGAUACAGUAAAAACUGGAGACAAGUCUUUGGUGACGAAAAGAAAUAUUGGUUACUUCCAAUAUUUACAAGUUUGGGUGAUGGUUGCAGUUUUCCAACUCGCCUUGUUGGGAUGGAUCCAGAACAAGCUGCUACAGGCCAAAGUGAACAUUCCAGAAGUAUUGGCUCAAAUCAACCUUUUCCUAUCAGACCACUUAGUGAAUCAAAAAACCGUUUGUUGGACAAUGAAUCUCAAUGGCUAGAGAAUGGAGCUGAAGAAGGUGUUGUCAGAUCAGGGACAAAUAAUCAUGUUACAGUGGCAAUAGAAAAUUGAGUACCACUUGUUCAUAACUAACCAUUUGAUAAAACCAAGGUGUAUAAAAACACAUUGUCGACUGAUAUUUUCAAUUUUAUUUGCAAGAAAAUGAUCAAAGGAAUGAAAUAAUUUGAGUAUAACAGAAGAUAUAUUUUUUAAAAAAGGAAGCCUUUGUACAGUUCGCUGGAUCCACAGGAGCACUACAAGCAGAAUGAUGCCUUAAUUUUAAGUGUCCAUUUGUGCAACAUUGACUCACAGCUCAAAAGUGACUUGAUUUUACUUUGGAAAUAAUACCUGUUACGACAUGCUAUAAUAUGUGCUGUCAUCACUUAUGUGCAUAAGUAUUUUUUUGAUAUCUGAAUUACAAUAUUAGAAUUAUUUCUUGGUAUUCAGAUAGGUUCUCACUCCAAAAACACAAACUAAAAACUUGUCUUAAAUGAAGUAUAUCUAGGGUAAAUGGUGGCUGAAAGUGAAUAAUAUCCAAAUUACUGUUGCUUGUACUGUAUAAGAGAAAGAAAAUAACUGCUUUUUUAUUGAGUAUUUGCUAAUUUAUAAUUACUAUUUUAUACUUUUCAACAUUUUUAAUAAAAUUUUUUAUUGUUGGCUAUAAUAACACUCAGAAUGAUUCAGAUAUCUAAUCAUUUAGAACAUAGAAUUCAUGGGGAUAAUUUAUUGAUGGCUUAGAAGCAUUAGUACAACCAUGUAGUAUAGUAUAUGCCAAAGGCUUAAAAAAAUCUUGGAAGUAUAAGAAAUAUUUUGGGUACAAUGCUUUUUUUAUUACUUUUUGUUGAACUGUCAGGGGUUAUUUAUAUGGGUAGGGGAAACACAAAGGUAUUUGUGAUAUAGAAAAGUUGGGCACAAUAGGGAUAGAUGGAAGUGGCUAAAAGAAAAAUAAAGAAAAAGGUAGACAGGAUACUGUAAGGUGUUGAAAAAUAUUUUCAAGCCAGAUGCAUUAGUACACCCAAUCCCAAUUCCUGGGGAGGCUGAGGCAAGAGAAUUGCAAGUUUGAGGUCAGCCCAGGCAAUUUAGCAAGACCCUGUCUCAGAA